AUGACCGGAGCUCCUACUGUUGACACGGUCAUUGAAAUCAAACGGCAAGUUACGGCCAUGCUUGAACGGGCGGGAUUUCCUCUACGCACAUUUGCUGCAAAUAACAUGGAUAUCAUUGAUGACGUGCCAUUAGACGACAGAGAAAAAAUCAUCAACCUAGACGACACAGAUUACAUAAAAACUCUUGGCCUAAGGUGGUCUCCUUCUACAGAUGACUUUUUCUUCUGCUACAAUGGCCCACCAGUAUCGCGUAAAACAACCAAGCGUUCCAUAUUAUCACAGAUAGCUGCCUUGUUUGAUCCGCUUGGUUUGCUUAACCCUCUCAUCGUCUCUGGCAAAAUCCUGAUGCAACAGCUGUGGGAGCCGAAGUUAGAUUGGGACGAAAGCGUGCCUCAAGACAUUUAUACUCAGUGGCGCGCGUUUCAGGAUCAUUUGUGCCUCAUUAACAACAUUCAAAUACCAAGGUAUGUUCCAAUAAAUAACACAACUGAAAUCCACGCUUUUGCAGAUGCUAGUACCAGAGCCUAUGGCGCUUGCAUUUACCUUGUGACGCGCAUGGAGAAAGAGACAUCGUCCGCCCUGCUAUGUGCAAAAUCUCGUGUGGCACCAACGAAGCAAGUUAGUCUACCUCGGCUGGAGCUGUGCGCGGCAUUGCUAUUGGCCGAGCUUCUACAAUCGGUUGUCGCAAUAUUUUCACCUAACUUGAACAACAUUCACUGCUGGACCGACUCAUUGAUUGCAUUGUGUUGA